CACCAGUCUGAAACAAUGAAGGUCUACAUAAUGUUAUGAUGGGUCAAAUAUCGGGCAGUCUGUGCAAAGCCAUGCAGCGCCAGUGUUUGCGCUCUGGCGAGGUGAUGGUGAGGUCGUAGAAAGACCUCGAUAUGGUUGUUGCUGACUUUUGACCGCUGUUGUUUUUUAUGCUCACGGGUUGUUUUGUAUGGACUGGGGCCCGUGUGUAGAGUCUGAACGCACAACUAACAAAACGCAGAACACAACAAGUGGGGCCCACAACUUCACUUCACCUAAGCUCACAGUAAAAUAUUAAACGACAGAAGUUUGCGUACUGACGAGGUGCUGUCAUUCAAGUGUACUUGUGAUUUGACUUUUUUGGGGGGCAUGUUCUAUUGUCAUUUCCAUUCAAGGAUCAAACUCUGUUCUGUCGUGCCAAAACGACUUCUAACGUGUUUUUCCAGAGCGCAGUCACACUGCCAUUGCGGUUUAAUGAUUUGUUGGCCGCUAUUUGUUGUUUUUACCAUCUCCCUUGUGCCCUGCGUUGCCCUGUUGACUGAGCUCAGUACCACGAUCGAUCCGGAUGUUUGUCCUCUGAAUGUGCAGUGAUGUGCCUCCAAGUACCCCUUUGAAAUCGACGCGUUAUUCACCACGUGUCCAUAAAACAUGUUAUGUAAAACAGUGAUUGAAAACAGACCGUGACGCGUAAAGACGCAUACACACACAGCAGAGGGCGCCCUAUCCUUGACGACUUAUUUCCUGUGCCUGUCUGUGAGGAUCCCCCUCUACUGCCUAGUCUAGUGCUGGCCUGUUUAUUAGAGAUGGCUCACAUUGUUAAUACAGAGUGAACAAAUACCUUUUGAACUUUUCUGUUUUUGGCUAUUCAAGAGGUUAAUAAAUGUUGGCCUUUUUUCUUUUGCAUGGCGAUGGCUUAGUAAAGAUGUUAACUGUGAAUGGAAGUGGAAGGUUUUUUUUAGUACUACUAUGCCUACUGUUUUUUUUUUCUUGUCUCUACAUCUACUAAAUUGGCUUUAGUGCGAGACUCCAGGCAGUUUUUUAACCACUGGAACAUGUGUUUACCAGAUGUUGUACCUCUUGUCUCCAGCCCUGUGGCUGUUUUUCCCGUCAGAGUUGUACGUAAUGCAUCCUUCUGGCCCAUGGUGUAAAGUUGUGUGUUCCCAAGUGGUCCAAGGGAAAACAUUUUUUUUGUGUGUGUAUGCAGUCACACUACUAUGUUUGUGCAUCCACUUAACCCUUACUGUACAAGCAGAAGCGAUUUUAGGGUCAGGUGGGGCCCCGUAAAGUGUGGACUGUUAUUCAGUAUUUGGGGGCCCCGCGCGGCUGCCUGCCUUGCCUGGUUGCAAGAUGUGCCUCUUUGUACAAGCAUGCUUUCCAAUGAACUCCCACGUCUAUAGCACAAAACGCUAAACAUGGUGUGUGUAUCUGGAAAAUGUCAAAGCAUUUGCUCUGAUGCAUUGACAUGAGGAACAUUUGUAUUGUCUGGCGAUUUAAUACUAAAGGUCAUCAAAGUGUUAAUGUUGUUGGGAGUAAUGACUAGUUUUGUCUUCUGGCCAGAUUGGUUACUGCAUCAGUGGAAUGAGGGCAGCUUCUGUUGUUCUGUUUUUACACAUCAUGACUGUCUGUCAGCAGCCUGGUGGUUUCCUCCUGCCAUUAUUCCCUGCUCUAUGUAGAGCUCUAUAAUUUAUUCCUCAAAUAGACGCCAUACAGAGUUAUGGGAUGGGUGUGUAAUCCACUGUGGCCAGCGGUCAGUCGGAUGACAUUAGUCUCUCACUCUCUUUCGCUCGCGCUCUCUCAGCAAGGUCAGUCUCUCGCUCUUGCGUGCUCUCUCUCGCUCUCGCUCUCUCAUACACAUGUGCACAAACUCUCAUUGUCUCUCCCUCACAGACAUACACAAUUGUGAUAUGUAGUUGAAAAUACAGGGGUCGAUUACAAACGGAGGUAAUGCAAACUGUAGCUAUUCUAGCUGUUUUAAUUGGUCAUGUAAAUAGAUAGACUAUUACUAAUAUAGUGCAUGUGAGGUGUGGGGAGAAAAAUACAUUCGUGCAGUCACUUCUACCACACACCAGCACAGUGUAACUGACUGGCCAAUCUUCUCACGCUGACGUCUCUGUGGUGGAGUGGCUGCAUGUUUUGAAAGCGAUGACGGGCUUAAUUCUUUUAAGUCACUGGCCUCAUGUUGAAAGCUUGCAUAUUUCUCUGUUAAGCUGCUUAGUCUUUUUAAAUAGAGACCUGUCUUCCACUGUCAUGACCACCUCUCCAGCAUGUAGGCCAGGCAGGGUGACGGAAGAAAGGGGGCGAGUUCAUCUUCAGUGCACUGCAGUCACUUCUUGUAAGGGUUUAGGCGGUGUUCAAAAAUGGCAUUCUCAAAAUGGCAGCAGUGUCAUAACAAAGAGAAAUGUAGCCGAGAGGAUUUAGUGCUUUUCCCAAUGGUGAAGUCAAACAAGGACGCACAUUCUCUCAGAUGUAAACACAAUGACAUUGCUGAAGACUUCAGUCAUGGUGAUUAUGGAGCCCAACAGCAUUUUAUUCUUCCUCAGAAACACUUUAAUGAGUAAGCAAACAACUGUUAUGGAGUUUCUCAAUGAUGAAUCUCAAAAUGAUUCCCUGGAGCCUUAUCACUAAUCUCAGAUUGGUGCUUUAGAUCUUGAUAUUGUUUCCUUGUUAGACCUUGUCCUCCUCCCAUAGUUGAGUGUUUGUUCCUGGUCAGGCAGGGUUGUUAUUAUUGUUGUGUGUGUGGUCACUGUUACUGUACAGUCAGGCCUAUGCCAUGGCCAGGGAAGCUGACAAGGGGGGACAAAGGGGUCAGUUGCCCUGGGCCCAAGGAGAUGACGGGCCCAUAAUUGGGUCCUCAUUACAUUGAAUGUAUUGGGUGGGGGGCCCUUUAUUCAGAAUACUUUGUCCUGGGCCCAGCCAAAUCUGUCAGUGGCCCUGGCCAUGGCAGCCCGAUGAAGUUUGGAGGGUUUACUCGCCUAUGAUCUUCCUGGCUGGCCUAGUGCAUUGCCUGCUCUCCCUCUGCCUCUCCUUGUCCCCUCUCUUGUCUCUGGUCCAAAGCACCUAAUGAGCUGGAAGGGAAAGCCCAUUGUCCCCGAUGACAAGUGUCCCCUCAGUGACUGUUUCAUCUAUGUUCUUAGCAUGGAGAACCAUGGGGUCACACCACACAACAAAAAGUCUCUGGUGUGGGAAUGGGUCACAGAUCACCAUUGAACACCAGUUAUUACCUUUGUCAUGUUCCUGCUGGGAAAGUUUCCCAUGCUGCUCUGGCCUCAGGGAUAUUUUACGCUGGACGCUCCCACAGCCAAGGUAACUGGACAAGGCAUUCAGGACACGGAAUAAUGAGGUCAUCUCACCAUGGUGACCACCAAUCACGGCCAAGCAUCCGUAGUGAGCCCACAGCAUGUCUAGGCAAAUGCCGUGGCAGAUUUAGUUGAUUUUUUUUCCUCUGCAUAUUCUAUGAAUUCCAAUAAAAAAGCGUUAUGUCAUCUGAGCGGAUGGGGAUUUGAUUAUCUGACAUUAUCAGUCUCGUCGUGACAGAUGGGCUACUGGCGUACGUAGACAGACGCUGGGAGGAUGUUUUUCUUUUUCCACCAGAACUUUAAGGACAAUCCAGGACUCCAAGGUGGGCGGUUUUGUCGAGAGUUUGUGUUUUUCUUUCCCCAGAGUUGUUUCAGGAAAUCUUGUGAUGGAGUCAGAGGGGACAGAUGUGGGACUUUCCCUUUAGUUUUUUCUGGAGGAAGUAGAGCCGUAAGGACACAGACCUAUUGGAUUUAUGCAGCUGUUGCCUGUGAAAAGAGGAUUAUUUGUACAUUAGAGAUGGGGGAGUAAGCGCUUGUCUGUAAACAAGUUUAAUUUUAUUUGCUGGUUUUGUUUUGGAUCGAUCACUCUGGUCACCAGUUGUUAUCUUGGCUGGCUGAGGGCAGGGUUCUCUUUCUUUGUGGAGCGUUAUCAUUUUAUGGCAAGUGUGGACGUCACGUCACCCUUAUCAAAGUGAUUCCUCGUUAUUCCAAGAGGAUGGGUGAGGCUCGGUAAGUGAAAGGUGACCUGCUGAAGCUGUGUAGAUUAUAACAGGUGUGUGUUGCCUAAAAAGCUUGCAUACAGAGAGUGAAUGAGCGACAGAGAGGAGCAGAGAGCCAUCUCAUUUGCUGAGAGCUGAAGGAUUAUCGUUGUGAAUUAGCAUUAGAAGCCGACCCGUCUGAGGACUCAAAACAGUUCUUACUCUGAGUCAGCGUGUGGAAAAGGGAGUCAGCACUCUGCUCUCGCAAGGUUUUUUUUUUUUUUAACCUGUCUAUGUUUGUUGUGAUUUGGAUAAACAUGUAAGUUUAGACAAAGAUCGGUCUGGUGAGAUUGUAAUUUUUUUCCAAGUUUAGUUUUUUUAGUUAAUGUAGGUAAAUGUAGAAAUUUUGACUGAUUUUCCUUGACUUAAAGCAUCGAUAGGUAACUUGAGGACUGAAGGACUUAGUUGCACUAGCUGUGGCCGCAUGUAUGUACAGUACAGUGAAGAGAUCCUGACACUGAAGAGUUGACCCUGGACGCCUUUUUUGGGACUCGCAGAGCCAACCGGGGACACCAGCAUGUCUGUGUGGAGCUUUUCCCCCUCUCCAUCUGGCUGACGGGGUUGCCAGGAGUAGAAGACUGGUGUGAGGGGAGUCAGGGUGGCAUCAGUACCACCAUGUACGUGCUGUGCACCUUGGUGCUGUUGUCCCUCAACCACCUCUUCAAGAAAUCCAGAGCCCUGGAAGUGGGAGACCCAGAGGACGAGGAGGAAGAGGGGCAGGCAUGCAAGCGGUCCAGAGACGAGGCAUCGGCGCCCGGGCAUGGUGCUGGGCAGGCGGCCAAAUGCAUCUCGUGUGGAGGCUCGGCACCAGCACAGGCUGGUCUAUCAGAGGAACAGUGCAGCUGUGUCAUCCAUCACAGCCGUGAGAUGCCCAAGCAUGGACAGCCCAAUGCCACAGAGAGGCCACUACCCCACAGUCGGUGCUUUGUGUCCAGCCACAGCCAGAAGGCACAGCCGGUCCAGCGGUCCGCUCCAGUCGGCCCUGCGGUCAUGUUCAGCACACGCAAGACCUGGGACCUCGGCCACGCCCCCUGCCUGCAGGAACUCUGGAAGAACGACGUCUCAUUGGACGCAAGCUCAGUGGAUUUCCUGAUGAGUGAUGGUGAGGAGGACACCUCCUUUCUGUCUCUGACGCCUACUGCCUUCCCACGCCACUGUCUCAACUCGAGCAUCGAAGAGGCCCGCGCCGCCACCGACAGCCAGGAGCUGCUUAUUCAGAGUCUUCAAGAGCGUGUGUGUGAGUUCCAGGCUCGUCUGCGCAGCGAGGAGGACCGGAAGCGAUUGUCCCAGUUGUCCCAGCACGGCCCCCUCAGCGAGCGCCAGGGCCUGUUGGGCUCAGAACACAGACACGCAGUGGACCCCCAAAACCACCACAGGCUGCGAGAACAUUACCAAAGCCUGUCUGACUCUACCACAUCAACCGCAUCCACACGGACAUCGAGUUACGACUACUCGAGUUCCCAACUGUCAAAGUCUUUCACUAGUUCCCAAGAAGUGCCACGAAGAGGCCACCGAGCUCACCAAGACAUCGAGCUGAGGAAACUCGAAGGAGAGCAGCUGGCACUUAUUACAGGGUUACGCACACAGAUUGGGGAGCUGGAGGAGAAACUGUUGGACCAGACGCAGGAGGUGGAGAGACUGCGCUCUGAGCUGGGGGCGACAGACCUGGAGAAGCAGCUGGAGGUGUUGGAGAGUGAGAACCAGCGGCUCAAGCAGGAGCUGAAGUCUGGUCAGGCUCAGGCUGCCCCAUCCACCUGCACUGACACCUGCACGCACAGCAAGGAUGUGGAGCGGCUGCGUGAUGAGCUGUGUCGGCGGGAGGAGGCGUGUCGCGACCGGGAGCAGCGUCUGGAGGAGCUGGAAGAGCAGGUGAGGGAGCGCUCGGGGGUGGCGGCGCGUCUGGAGCGUCAGCUGGAGGAUGCGGCUCAGCAGCAUCGCGACCUGCAGCUGCGUCUGGACGAGGCCACGCGGCGCGGACACGACACCGAGCUGCAGCUGAGCUCCCGAAUCCGCGACAGAGACCAGGCUCUCGCCCGGCAGGCCGCCAUGCCACCGCAGAUCAAGUAUGUGACCAAGACGGUGGAGGUGGAGUCUGCCCAGUGCAAGGCGGCCCUAGCGGAGGUUCAGGCGCGUAACCUGGCCCUGCAGGAGCAGCUGGGCGUCCAGAGGCAGCUGCUGCACGAGCUGGAGGACCAGCUGCACGAGUCCCAGAAGACCAGCGGCCAGCUCAGACAACAGAUCCUGGUGUAUGAGGGGGAGAUGGAGAGAGCCCAGGGCCAGCUGGAGGCCGAGAUGCAGAGUCUGGAGGAGGAGAAGAACCGGGUCAUUGAGGAGGCCUUCAUCAGGGCAGAGAGCGAGAUGAAGGCCGUGCAUGAGAACCUCGCAGGUGUUCGCAUAAACCUGCUGACCCUGCAGCCAGCUCUCCGUACGCUCACCUGUGACUACAACUGCCUGAAGAGGCAGGUGCAGGAGUUCCCCUUUCUACUGGACAAGGCUAUUGCAGAAGCCAAGCAAGAGAUCUGCCAGGUGAUCGGGGAGGUGAGCAACGCCAACCAGGAGUUGCUGCGCAAGUACAAACGGGAGAUGAACCUGAGGAAGAAAUGUCACAACGAACUUGUGAGACUCAAAGGAAACAUCAGGGUGUUCUGCCGGGUGCGUCCCGUAAGCCAAAGCGAGAUGGAAACAAUGGACGCGAAGAACAUGGUGACCUUUGACGGGGACGAUGACUCCCUCCUCUUCUUGGCCAAUAAGGGCAAGCCCAUGACCUUUGAACUGGACAAAGUCUUCUCCCCUCAAGCCACACAGGAAGAGGUGUUCCAAGAGGUGCAGGCCCUGGUCACGUCUUGCAUUGAUGGCUUCAAUGUCUGCAUCUUUGCCUACGGUCAGACUGGCUCUGGGAAGACGUACACCAUGGAGGGUGUACCUGAAAACCCGGGCAUCAACCAACGUGCUUUACGGCUGCUAUUUGAUGAGGUGUCGGAGAAGAAACCAGACUGGGAGUACAGCAUCUCUGUUAGCAUGGUGGAGAUCUACAAUGAGACACUACGGAGUCUUCUGGGGGACAACCUGAAUGACAAGCUGGACAUAAAGAUGUGUCCAGAUGGCAGCGGGCAGCUCUACGUACCUGGCCUGACAGAGUUCUCUGUGGAGAGCGUGGAGGACAUCAACAAGGUGCUGGAGCUGGGCCACAUGAACAGGGCCACGGCCUGCACCAACCUGAACGAGCACAGCUCACGCUCACACGCCCUGCUCAUAGUCACCGUGGCCGGCUUCAACUCCUCCACGGGACACCGCACCUCAGGCAAGUUGAACCUGGUGGACUUGGCGGGUUCUGAGCGGAUCACCAAGUCGGGCGCGGAGGGCAGCCGGCUGCGGGAGGCCCAGUGCAUCAACAAGUCCCUGUCAGCCCUGGGGGACGUCAUCAACGCCCUGCGCUCGCGCCACUCACACGUGCCCUUCCGCAACUCUCGCCUGACGUACCUGCUGCAGGAUUCCCUCAGCGGAGACAGCAAGACCCUUAUGAUGGUGCAGGUAUCUCCUCUGGACAUCAACGUCAGUGAGUCUGUCUGCUCUCUGAAGUUUGCUCAGCGCGUCCGCAACGUGGAGCUGGGCCCCUCGUCCUCCCGGAGACAGGCGGAGAACUCCUCCACAUCCUCCUCGCCCACCCACGACAGUGUGGAGCUGGACUCCCCGCCGGUGACUCCCCUCCCGAUCCCCCUGUCCAGGGCCAGCAGCGCUGGCUCCACACUCUCCUCCACCUCCAAAACAUCCGGCACUCGCCGCCGCUCACAGAGCCAGCUGGCCACAGAUAGACUUGUAGACAGAAGGAGCUCAUUGGUUGGGGACGGUGGGAAGCUAAAGGAGUUGAUGUGCGAAGAGGCGGCAGACGCGGCAUCAGAGGAGAGCACUGGACAGCACUGAGCCUCUGUGGCGUCUCUGAAAGACGGACAAUAGUGUCUUGAAUUUGGUGAUUUGAAGGACAAAUGAAAAAAGAUGAAGUGUCUUGAUGAAGUGGGUGAUUGACCUGCAGCUGGAGUUUUUUCUCUCUCUGAUCAGCCAAUAAUGAAAGCAGCCUGGCUCACAAACACUCCUCCACCCACAAACACAACCGCACCUCAGUCCUCCACGUGUAUACCAAGAGGGAGUUGUGUCACUAUGCUAGUGGGGAUGUGGAUGAUGUGGGUACACUACACAGGCUCUGGAUGGAUGUCAGUAUUUCUGGACAAUAAAGAAGCACUUUAGACCAGGCUGCUAUCGUCAUGCUCUGCUGUUCUGACACUUCAGAGAUCGGCAUCCAGCUAACUUUUUUCCCCACCCUCCCAAAUCAUGUAUAAAUGUGUGUUUAUCUGUGUGAGGAUGGACUUUGGAUGAAGGAGGCAUGUUGAUUCUGUACUGCUUUUUGUUUGACCUAAGAUUUGGUACAGGACUGCUCAACCACAACCUCUACUUUGAAUACACACACACACACACACACACACACACACACACACACACACACACACACACACACACACACACACACACACACACACACACACACACACACACACACACACACACACACACACACAAAUUCUUAUUCUCCUCCAUCAGGGAGAAGGACUUGUGAAUCUCGGGAGUAAUUGCAAUACAGGAAAUCCUAAGCAAAAUUCUAGACUUUGAUGUCUGCACUCCUGAACGCUGUGUGUGUAUGUACGAUUUCUUUUUCUCUCCUUUCACCCGUCGUCCUGACCAGCGCAUGUGAUUUUAAUGUCGGUCUGUACAUGUUUUUACACUGCAGUGUACUGCUUACAAAGACAAUCGUUUACCGGUGAUCAUGGUACAACUGAAGACAUGCAAACGCGCGCAGACACACACACACACACACACACACACACACACACACACACACACACACACACACACACACACACACACACACACACACACACACACACACACACACACACACACACACACACACCAUAUCACAUCACACAAAGGUAGCAGCACAGUUGGCCACACCCCAUUGCCAGUCUCACCUUGCCAACAUUAGAGCACCGCCUCUUCCCACAGUCCCUGCCCACUGCAGAUGGUCUCGGCCCACUGGAAGAUGAUGGAGAUCCCGGCCCAGUCAGUGGUUCAACUGGAUACUGCAGCAUCUUCUGGAUGAUUUGGGAAUGAAGACUUGAUGGUUGUUGUGGUGUUGUGGUUUGUCAACAGCUCACUUGCUUCCCCCCUGUGCUCAAUGCUGGUGUAGGAUUUUUAUGCAGUUUUGUUUUUGUACACUGUUUAUAAUAAACACCCCUUACUAAAACCAA